GGCCCCAGCUGGGUCUGGGCUGUCAGAUGAGGCUGGGCCUCUGCCUGCAGUGGUCACUGCUCCUCAGUCUUACCCAACAACCAUGAGCGGCCGAGUUGGAGACCUGAGCCCCAAGCAGGCAGAGACCUUGGCCAAGUUCCGGGAAAAUGUCCAGGAUGUGCUGCCUGCCUUGCCCAACCCUGAUGAUUAUUUCCUUCUUCGUUGGCUCCGAGCUAGAAGUUUCAACCUGCAGAAAUCAGAGGCCAUGCUCCGCAAGUACAUGGAGUUCCGGAAGACUAUGGACAUUGACCACAUCCUUGAUUGGCAGCCCCCAGAGGUGAUUCAGAAGUAUAUGCCUGGGGGUCUGUGUGGCUAUGACCGUGACGGCUGUCCCGUGUGGUAUGACAUCGUUGGGCCACUGGACCCCAAAGGACUGCUCUUCUCAGUCACCAAGCAGGACCUGUUGAAGACCAAGAUGAGGGACUGCGAGCGCAUUCUGCAUGAGUGUGACCUACAGACAGAACGGCUGGGUAGGAAGAUUGAAACCAUUGUGAUGAUAUUUGACUGCGAGGGCCUGGGACUGAAGCACUUCUGGAAACCUGUGGUGGAAGUGUACCAGGAGUUCUUUGGCCUCCUUGAAGAGAAUUACCCAGAGACCCUGAAGUUCAUGCUCAUCGUGAAAGCCACCAAACUGUUCCCUGUGGGCUACAACCUCAUGAAGCCAUUCCUGAGUGAGGACACACGCAGGAAAAUUGUAGUGUUGGGAAGUAACUGGAAGGAAGGUUUGCUGAAACUCAUCAGUCCUGAGGAACUGCCUGCCCAUUUUGGGGGGACCCUGACUGACCCAGAUGGGAACCCCAAGUGUAUAACCAAGAUAAACUACGGCGGGGAUGUCCCCAAGUCCAUGUAUGUGCGGGACCAGGUGAAGACCCAAUAUGAACACUCAGUGCAGAUCAGCCGUGGCUCCUCUCACCAGGUGGAAUAUGAGAUCCUGUUUCCAGGUUGUGUCCUCAGGUGGCAGUUCUCAUCUGAUGGUGCAGACAUCGGCUUUGGAAUUUUCCUUAAGACCAAGAUGGGGGAGCGACAGAAAGCUGGGGAGAUGACUGAGGUGCUAAGCAGCCAGCGCUAUAAUGCCCACAUGGUACCUGAGGAUGGGAGUCUCACCUGCUCUGAGGCUGGUGUCUAUGUCUUGCGCUUUGACAACACCUAUAGCUUUGUCCAUGCCAAGAAGGUCAGCUUCACAGUGGAGGUGCUGCUUCCAGAUGAGGGCAUGCAGAAAUACGACGAGGAACUCACUCCUAUCUAGAUGGCUUCACCACUUCUCAGAGACCCCCGACCCCCUGUUUUCUCUCUGUCCUACUCUUCAUCCCUGAAAUUGAUCAUUAGUCCUACUGACUCUGUGACACCAGUGAAUGGAGAAAGAGCUAUCCUGGGGAAGAUUUAUCUGCUAUGAUACAAUCAGGAAAGGCAUGAGCUGUGUAGCUUUGGAGGUUAGCAAGGCUGCAUAAGAGGGAGAAGUAAGAGUAAAAACAGCAGGCGGGUGUCACUGAGACCCAAGAAUAGGGAAAUGAAUCUCCCUGCCUUUGACUUCAUGUACCCUAAGACAUUUGUGCUUGAACUCCUUCCGUGCAAGCUGCGAGUAACUUUGGCUGGAGAAUCAUCUAAAUCAAUUUUUUUCAACUCCCUACGUAGUAGAUGCUUAGUGUAUACUUGUAGAGUUGAAGGGAGAACCAGAGGCAGGGAGCAGAUAGGUGACUCAUAGCAGUCACAGUGAAGAGACAGACUAUAUGGGCAGAUUUCAGCACC